UGGUUGUUAAGUACAACGAUGCUGCCACUAACUUUGUUAAAUGGCGCUCAAAACAAGCCAUUACUCGUUGAACUGAAAUCAGGAGAAACUUUCAAUGGUCAUUUGAUAGCUUGCGACAAUUAUAUGAAUCUCACGCUUAAGCAAGUAUUCCAAACGAACGCAGAUGGAGAGAGGUUUUGGAAGCUGCCUGAGUGUUAUUUACGCGGAAAUACAAUAAAGUAUAUCAGAGUAGCUGAUGAGCUUCUCGAUCAAAUAAAGACAACACAGGAUAGAGACAGAGAGCAAUACAAGAACCAAAGGACUGGCUCAGAGAGGCAGGAGCGCGGUAGGGGCAGAGGACGCGGUGGUCGUGGCAGAGGCGGUCGCGGAAGAGGGCGAGGUGGCCAGCAGAACAACUAAGCAGAUUAUUUAUCCAACCAUGUCCUUUUUACGUCCACGUAGUCUUACAUCAUUUAACUUGCUAUUAACUUUAUUCCAUUCAGAAGAUUUGAGCGUAUCCGCGUAGCUUUCGAGUAGUUGACUGUAUUCCUUGUUGAGUGACGGGUGCGUACUUCCAAACGCGCGUUCGAGAACGUAAAUAUCGACUGCUCUGUCUUCCGCACUUGUGUAAUGGUUGAUAGGCUUCAGAGAGGAGAGUCCAAAGUCGAUAAUGUAGACUUCUUUCGUUGAGUGCUUUAAUAUCAGAUUCGAUGUACUGUAGAUAAUUAGUUCGCGCUUCCUUUCGGUGUUCUAC